GAGCAGCUGGCGAGGUCGUCAGUCGAGUCGUGGCAGCGUGCGCGGUGGAUCUGUGACGGUGCAGCGGGGAGCGUCCGGUCUUAGGCACCAUUACUGACGUUAUUCCAGACCUCAUAACGCUUAGUGGAGUGCCGGAGGGAUAUUUUGUGUACCCGUGUUACCUCUUUUCUGGAUAUUACCACCCGGGACAUAAGACCAUUCGUUGCACAAGUGAGUCGAGGUUCGCGGCCCACCGGCAACACAGAGUUUCCAUCAGCCUGGCGAUUUGACAAAGGAGUUGGAUUCGGAAAGGAAGAAAGCAGCUCAAGGACAAAAACAAAAACAAAAGAAGUCCACUAAGCAUAAAAUGGGGUCGUCCCUCUCCCAGCCAUGUGCUCGCUGAAGACAACUUCCUGGUUCGGUUCAGGCAGGCGUGAUGCGUGACGGUGAUGGAGACGGUGCGGGCCAUCUACGAGUAUCCCCCGUCCCACGCCAACAUGCCGGCCAGGGACUACGGGGGAAGUGUGACCCCAGCCAAGGCCAGGAGGUCAUGGGGGGACUUGCUGAAGUUUCGUUCCCGCCCCAAGGAGCGACAGUUGUCUCCAGCCAGCAGUGGCCUCCCUCAGCCACCCAUGCCUGCCCAGGUCAACCACAACUACCUGGCAGAGUACCGGCAGAAGUAUGGCGGCUACGGCGGGACAGUGGGGCGCUCCUAUCAGGCCCUGCGUGUGAUCCAGGGCAUGUCCCCUCCGCCUGGCCUCACCCCUGCCAUCCCAUUCAACAGUCACGCCACCAAGACCACCAUGUCCUCUACUGUCCGCUACACUGAUUGGUUUGGCUCAGUAGCUGGUCGGCGGCCACCAGUCCGUCCACCUCUCCCUUCCUUCUCUAAUGUGCCGCCCCCCGGCCUGCAUGCCCCGGAGAAAGGUGCUGCAUGGGACCACUAUGUGACUCUUGAUCCUGUGUACGAAGCCCCGCGUGUCAUGCCGGUGCAGUUGUAUACCAAUGUGUGUGUCUGUCCUGACCAGCUAAUGAAUACCAGAAGCAAGAAAAAGAAAAAAUGUAAAAAGUGUGGGAGAAAGUUGGCCACGGUGCGUCAUGCCACAGCGGGCGUGGUAGCCAAAGUCCGGCCAACGAUACCCACCAACCUCUACCAGCCGCCGCCCAUUGCGACACGCCCGCCGGCCGCCACGCCGCGUGCCUGGGGUUGGCAGGUGUUGGAGGAGCAGGUGUACGAGAGGUUUGAAGUUCAGCAACGCCAAAACGUCCGCCCUCCAGCCCACACCAACAGUGAAGAGGAGUCUCCCGCAACCACGCCUGAGACUGUGCGAAGUGUGAAGAGCUUUCGCAGUACUAAGAGUGGCCGAAGCAACGACAGCUCGGUGACCAUUACCCGUGAUGCGGUGGAGCCCUCCCGGCCUGCACCCCCUCCUCCUCGUGUCCCUUCCUCGACCCCAAUCGAUCGAAGCGUAGUCACAAAUUCAGUUAGUGCCAAAGAAAACUCAUCCUCAGGUGACCCUGACGAUAGACGAUCCAUUUUAACUGAAAAUCCAACAGCGUACCAACUCCUCACCAGCUUCAGCCAUUCUGCAGGCUCACCAAACAGCUCCGACCCUGACGAGCUGAGCGACAAUGCCGUGGACACACAACCCAAUACACUGGAGAGAAAUUCCCAAGCAGGAACAGGCAGGGUCAGUGUGAUAAGUGUUGGGUCCAGCCCUGCUCAGGGAGACACUCGUUCUUGGGCAGUCACUGACAAAGGAGUCAACAAGAUUAAGAUUUACACAAAUUCUGCUGAUUCUGUUUAUGGUAAUGGUGCUCCAGAUUCAAGUGAAAAGUUUGAAGCUGCCGUUUCCAAUGGCUCCAGGAAUGAACCUUCUGGGGCUAAAGUUGCCAUAUCCACGGCAUCCAAUAAUAGAAAUGCAUUGUCCAAUAAAAAUAGUAACUCAUUAACUACACUGUCUUCACCUGGAAGUUAUGAUGUUCCUUUGUACAAUGGUAAGCAUAGUUCCUCUCCUACUGGUAAAGUAGGAUCUAGAAUUAAAAACGUAUCUACCAGAAAACAAAAUUUUGUAGCCAAAUCAGGGAACCCAGAAAGAAAAAAUGGUCUGAUAAAUAAUCACGGCUCUGUCCUUGUGAAUGGAAACAAAAAGAACUCACUGCAGGAAAAGAAAAAUGCAGCCGUGAAUGGUCGUGGCAGCCCAGCAGGCAUCAACGGCACCACCAAUGGCCCGAAGCUGGAGAUAAAGAAACUACGUGAAGCAAGCGAGCUCCAGCAAGGUGGUAACACUGUCCGCAUUGCCGGCCAACGCAUGCUUGUCCUCACCCCAGGAGUGCCGCCCCCUGAACCCCGCACUGGGUUCUCAAGUAGUGAGGAUGAUAAUGACCUUAGUGUGGAGGACAGCACCAGCGACUAUCCUUUGUCCUCACCCACACGAGGCUCAGACAGCGAUACCUUACCAGAGGAGGACUUGCCACUGGAUUCUUCAGAUUCCUCAUACAGUUACUCUUCUGAUCCAAAUUUUGACUCUUCAGUUUCUAGUCUUAGCUCUUCAACGGCCAUUAGUGACCAGUGGACCGGUGCCAGGGACACUAUUUACGAGGAAGAGGAAAUGGAAGAGGCAGACAUACUAACAAAUGGGAACAGGGAUGAGGCAGGUGAAAACUACUGUGACUCUUCCUUACUUGAAGAUGAAGAACAAAGUGCAAACUCCUCUUCAGCCAGCUCUCCUGUGCGUCAUGAGGGCCUUCACCCCACCUUGUCAGAGCUGUUGAAGGUUAAAUCCAUCUUGAAGAAACCUCCCUCAGUGGACACCAGCUCAGAAACAGACUCAGAUUUCUACCUUCCCACAUUUUCAGAAUUUAAGCAGAAUCAGAGGAAGAAAAAGCAGGUACAGUUCCGAGCCUCUCACGACGUCACAGUCAUUGAGGAUGCUGGAGAGUCCAAGGGCCGCAAGGUGUCCUCGGCAAGAUCUCACAGGGAGAAGGAAAAAGAAAAGUGGAAGAAUAACUACAACCUUCUUUCUGAUCUUCAAGAUAUUUACGCAAGAAAUAAUAUGUCUAAAGUUUACAAGCCAAAUACUGUAGAUGAUUUUGUCAGUUUAGAAAAUGAAAAAAAUGAGCAUGCUGUAAAUGGGGAGUGUGAGGUCAGUCAAGACAAUGAGGUGAAUACUUCGCACAGAAGUGAGCAACUCCAUCACAGAAUUGAGGAAGAGGAAAAGGAGAACGACCAGCUGGAGCCAGACAUGCCACCCCUGGAUUCCAUUAACUCUGCUGCUCAGGAGAGUAAUGAGAAGGGUGGAUGGAGAGACUACCUGCCACAAGAAAACUGCAAUGAGACAGGUGAUAGUUAUCACUGGUCUUUACUUCACCAAAGUCUGAGUGAAUGUCAGACUUCAGGUGAGACCUUGCCAAGCCCUCAGGAUGCUGCCAACCACCACAACCAUCACCAAAACCACACAGUCAUCACCACAGCUAAAACUCCAUUGUCUUCCUCUGUCCCAACCCGCCAAGCACCUCCACCUCCAAGAAAUCGUGCAUUAAGCCCCCCCAGACCCAGCGUUCCACCGCCUCCGCCACCCACAGCGAGGUCUGCAGCAUCAUGUGUCCCAACAUCCAGAUCGUCCCCUCACGAACGUCCCCUUCCUUCCCCUCCACCUCUACCCUCUCGGCCUCCUCCAGAGUCCCCGCCUCCCUCUCCUCCUCCUCCUUUGCCUACAUCACCUCCCCCAUUGGAUGACAUAGACAGAAUAACAAUUGUCCCUUCCUCAGCACAAGAUUCUUCACCAACUCAAAACUCAACCUUUCUUAGUUUCAAAACUUCUAAUACCUCACUUUAUCCUGCCACAAAUUCUGUCUCUUCACUCCUUCAAGAGUCAUCAACAGAAGCACCACGUUCCAAAGAUGAGCUUCGAGAAGUUUUACCACCAGCAGGGCACAUACCUAUGUUUGCUGCAAAUGAAGAGACUCGAACAGCAACUAUCAGGGGCCGAGGAGCAGGCCACGCCCGACCCACAUUUUUGGGUGCAUUUGUGGGCGGUGUUUCUCCCAACACUGCCUCCCAAUCUAGUCCACCGCAAGCUCCGAAAAGGAGGAACAAAAACGGUUCCCAAAGCCCUGAGAGUCACGAUGGUGCUUCAAGACAUCGCAUGGAGAGGCAUGGGUCCCAAAUGUCUCUCCAGAAAGGUGUAAGAGAAGAAGACCCUUAUGAGCAAAUCACCGACCACAUAUACGAGGAACUUCUCUCUCGCUCUCCACCUGCUGCCUCGCCCUUCAUCAGUCAUGGCAGUCCCACUCGAGACUCAGCCCAACUCAAGUCACCUGUACCUGGAAAAUCCAUGUUUGAAGGAGCCUCAAAGGAUGAAAUCUUGGAAUACUUGCAAGAUGCUCGCCGCAGGGUGGCCAACACUGUGGAUGAUGACGAGGACAGAGAACAGGACCUUGUAGGCAAUCCCCUAGAGGCUGAGGUAGACCUUGAGGACGAUGAGGAGGAGGACCAGCUGGGGGUGGACCCGCCUGAAGACCAGUUCCCAGCCCUCACCUCCAGGAACAGAGGCAACAGGUCCUCCAACAUGAGCUCCAACUCAGACUCAUCAGAAAACAGUGGACUCCUGAGGUCGGAUAAGGAGCGAUUGUUACGGGGUGAAGUGGAAAGGACAGACUCCGGCGUGGGCUCAGAGACCAGCAAACCUUCACUACCGCUUCGUCAUGGCCAGCAAGGCACCGUGGCCGCUGAUGGUGCCACAGCCAUCCCUGAAGGAGGAGACCUGCCCCUCUGCGAUGACUGUGACUCCCCUGUGGACACUAGAGUGACAAACAGUGGUGUGGUGUACGCCCCACUGGUGUGCCGCAGGUGCUCUCGCCGCCGUGGGGAACGCAAGGAGAUACUGACUGAGAUAAUGGAGACUGAGAUCAAGUAUGGACAGGACCUGCGAGUCAUGAUUGACCAGUUCUACAGGCCCAUUCUGGUGGCAGGGCUUCUAAGUCGGGAUCAGCUGAAGGGCAUCUUUCUCAACGUGGAGGAACUGCUGGAGCACAACAGGGUCUUUUCCCUUCAACUGCGUGACGCCUUAGAGAUUGCUUUGGAUCAGGGCGAUGAAGACCUUCUCACAGUGAACAUGGCUCGCCUCUUCCUGCACGCAGCACCCAUGUUGCACGCCUUUGAGACUUACUGCAUCAGACAGGGAACUGCCUCACUGCUGCUGCAACAACUGGAGAAGGAGAAGGAGCUGCUAAGAAUAUUCCUCAAAGUAUCGCAGAUGGAGAACACUUUGCUGCGACGCAUGAAUCUCCACUCCUUCCUCAUGGUUCCUGUUCAACGUGUUACUAAGUACCCGCUGCUGCUGGCACGCCUCUACAAAGCAACGCCACCAACUCACGCAUCAAGAGAGGACUGUCGCAGAGCCAAGGAAAAGAUUGAACUCCAUCUACAGCAUAUGAAUAAUGAGACAAAGGAAAUGAGUCCCACCAAACUCUGGCGCCGCAUCUCCAUGAGCGUGAGCAGUGGGACACCAGUGAAGCGCUCCUCACAGUCGCACAACUUCUCCACUAACCUCAAACUUAGAAAGUUGGCCCUGCAGGUCCUGGAUUGGAGUCCUGAAGAGGCCACAGUGGUAAGGGAGGGAAGACUUUUUUGCCUGGCACCAGACUCGAACAACUGGACUCGGCGCGGCCGUUCCCUCAAGAUGAUGACCGUGCACAUCCUCCUCAUAACUCAUGGAACUCCUCGUGCAUUGUUUGAGGAGGAGGUAGCAGAGGAUGGCUUAGUGAUGCCCUGUAAUCUAGGCAUCAAAGAUGCUGCCAUGCUGGCUUUCAAGGAUCUUAAGGCAUCCAAGACAGCCCUUGUAAGGCAGGAGCCGUGGAUCCUGAGCCGCUGCGUGGUGGCCUGGGAAGGGGAAAGUGAAACAGAGUGCUUUGAAGUGUCAGAUCUCAACUCCAAAGACACCUUCAUUUUCAAGGGAAGUGAUCAUGCCAGCACAGAGUCAUGGUUCCGAUACAUCCAGUUUCAUGCCCUCUCUGUUGGCACUUGGAAGAGGAGACGUCCUGCCCUCGCAAACAUCAUGAUCAAUGGCAUGGGCAGGUGCUAGGUGAGGGCUCUGCACCUCAGCCCUCCAGAAACAAGUACUGACACAAAUAACCAUUGUCUUCAUAAAGAAAUUUCAAGUUGAUACAGAAAAUAAAUAAAUAUUCAAAAGCAACUUGUCUCAGCUAUGGAGACUGCCACAUAAAAAAAGAAAUUGUAUGACUAGGUCAUUAAUAAAUGUAUUUAAGAAAUAUGUAUAAAAAGUGCUGAGAGCAGCUAGUGUGUGGAAUGCCAAAGUGUUCUGAUUUAUAGUAUUUUAUUAUAAUCUUCCUUGUGUCUGCGUGUGAUAGUUGAUCAGUAAGUUUUGUUACCCGUGAGGUCUACAGGACAAAUGUCAGUCAUAACCUGUAAUAGAUAUAAUAUUACUAUGUGAUCAGAUUAGUCCAUUUAUAUGUGAACUGCUAUGUCUGUGGAAUCACUCCUUGGGUAAUAAGCAAUUCAGUUCAUUGCUAUAUUUGUAUAUAUAUAAUAAAAAUUAUGAAAUAUA